AGCGGCGACGCGGGGCAGUCAGACGGCCGCGAUCCAGGGGGGGCGUUCGCUCCCGUCCGAGCCGCUCCCCAUCUGCUGCAGCCGCUUACCGCCGGCCGCUCGCUGCGACCGGCCCCCCGCCCUCCCCGCCCCGCGUCAGCCUUCCAGCCGCCACCUCCCUCCAUGCCGAGCGGGGCCGCUGCGUGAUGGGGCUGCCGGGCGGCGUCCUGCGACUCCCGGGGGCCGCUGCUCGCGCUGAGCUGCGUCGGUGCCCGGCCUCCCGCGCCCCCGCGCGCCGCGGCGCCUGCUGACCCGGCCUUCCCGCCCGUCGCUCCGCAGCGCGGCUGAGGAAACGAGUAUAACUUGAAAAGAACAUUUGAUUCUUCUUUUCUGGACUGCGUACACUUUACGAAGCCGUCAGAAUGUCGGGAGCCUCCGUGAAGGUGGCUGUCCGCGUGAGGCCCUUCAAUUCUCGAGAGACCAGCAAGGAGUCCAAGUGCAUCAUUCAGAUGCAGGGCAACUCUACCAGUAUUAUUAACCCAAAGAACCCAAAGGAAGCACCAAAGUCUUUCAGCUUUGACUACUCUUACUGGUCUCACACCUCGCCGGAAGAUCCCUGCUUUGCAUCUCAAAAUCGUGUAUACAAUGACAUUGGAAAGGAAAUGCUCUUACAUGCUUUUGAGGGAUACAAUGUUUGUAUUUUUGCUUAUGGGCAGACUGGUGCUGGGAAAUCUUAUACAAUGAUGGGUAAACAAGAAGAAAGCCAGGCUGGCAUCAUUCCACAGUUGUGUGAAGAGCUCUUUGAGAAGAUUAACGACAACUGCAAUGAAGAAAUGUCUUACUCUGUAGAGGUGAGCUACAUGGAAAUUUACUGUGAGAGAGUACGAGAUUUGCUGAAUCCGAAAAACAAGGGUAAUUUGCGUGUGCGUGAACAUCCACUACUUGGACCCUAUGUGGAGGAUCUGUCAAAACUGGCAGUCACUUCCUACACAGACAUUGCUGACCUCAUGGAUGCUGGGAACAAAGCCAGGACAGUGGCAGCUACAAACAUGAAUGAAACAAGUAGCCGUUCUCACGCUGUCUUUACCAUUGUUUUCACCCAGAAGAAACAUGAUUCUGAGACCAACCUUUCCACUGAGAAGGUCAGUAAAAUCAGCUUGGUGGAUCUAGCAGGAAGUGAACGAGCUGAUUCAACUGGUGCCAAAGGAACUCGAUUGAAGGAAGGAGCAAAUAUUAAUAAGUCUCUAACAACUUUGGGCAAAGUCAUAUCAGCUUUGGCGGAGGUGAGUAAGAAGAAGAAGAAAACUGACUUCAUUCCUUACAGGGAUUCUGUACUUACUUGGCUCUUGCGAGAAAAUCUUGGUGGCAAUUCUCGGACUGCAAUGGUUGCUGCUCUGAGCCCAGCAGAUAUCAACUAUGAUGAAACUCUGAGCACUCUGAGGUAUGCAGAUCGUGCAAAACAAAUUAAAUGCAAUGCUGUUAUCAAUGAAGACCCCAAUGCCAAAUUGGUUCGGGAAUUGAAGGAGGAGGUGACACGACUGAAGGACCUUCUUCGUGCCCAGGGGCUGGGAGACAUUAUUGACAUUGACCCAUUGAUCGAUGAUUACUCUGGAAGUGGAGGCAAAUAUCUGAAAGAUUUUCAGAACAAUAAACAUAGAUACUUGCUAGCCUCUGAGAAUCAACGUCCUGGCAAUUUUUCCACAGCAUCCAUGGGGUCCCUUACUUCAUCUCCAUCUUCCUGCUCACUCAAUAGUCAGGUGGGCUUAACAUCUGUGACCAGCAUUCAGGAGAGGAUCAUGUCUACACCUGGAGGAGAGGAAGCCAUUGAGCGUCUAAAAGAAUCAGAGAAGAUCAUUGCUGAAUUGAAUGAAACUUGGGAAGAAAAGCUUCGUAAAACAGAAGCCAUCAGAAUGGAGAGAGAGGCCUUGUUGGCUGAGAUGGGAGUUGCCAUUCGGGAAGAUGGAGGAACACUGGGAGUUUUCUCACCUAAAAAGACCCCUCAUCUUGUUAACCUCAAUGAAGACCCACUGAUGUCUGAAUGCCUGCUUUAUUACAUCAAAGAUGGAAUUACAAGGGUUGGCCAGGCAGAUGCUGACCGGCGCCAGGACAUAGUGCUGAGUGGGGCCCACAUUAAAGAAGAGCAUUGUAUCUUCCGGAGCGAGAGAAACAACAGUGGUGAAGUUAUCGUGACUCUAGAGCCCUGUGAGCGCUCAGAAACCUAUGUGAAUGGCAAGAGGGUGGCCCAGCCUGUCCAGCUACGCUCAGGAAACCGUAUUAUCAUGGGUAAAAACCAUGUUUUUCGUUUUAACCACCCGGAACAAGCACGUGCUGAGCGGGAGAAGACUCCCUCUGCGGAGACGCCCUCUGAACCUGUGGACUGGACAUUUGCCCAGAGAGAGCUUCUGGAAAAGCAAGGGAUUGAUAUGAAACAGGAGAUGGAAAAAAGGCUACAGGAAAUGGAGAUCCUGUACAAAAAGGAAAAGGAAGAAGCAGAUCUUCUCUUGGAGCAGCAAAGGCUGGACUAUGAGAGUAAAUUGCAGGCCUUACAGAAGCAGGUUGAGACCCGAUCCCUGGCUGCAGAAACAACCGAAGAGGAAGAAGAGGAGGAAGAAGUUCCUUGGACACAGCAUGAGUUUGAAUUGGCCCAGUGGGCUUUCCGGAAAUGGAAGUCUCACCAGUUUACUUCAUUAAGGGAUUUGCUCUGGGGCAAUGCCGUCUACCUGAAGGAAGCCAAUGCCAUCAGUGUGGAAUUGAAGAAGAAGGUGCAGUUUCAGUUUGUUCUGCUGACUGACACACUGUACUCCCCGUUGCCUCCUGAGUUGCUUCCCACUGAGAUGGACAAAUCGCAUGAGGACAGGCCUUUCCCUCGUACAGUGGUAGCAGUAGAAGUCCAGGAUCUGAAGAAUGGAGCAACACAUUAUUGGUCUCUGGAGAAACUCAAGCAGAGACUAGAUUUAAUGCGAGAGAUGUAUGACAGGGCGGGCGAGAUGGCCUCCAAUGCCCAAGACGAAAGCGAAACCACCAUGACCGGCAGCGAUCCCUUCUACGAUCGCUUCCACUGGUUCAAACUUGUGGGAAGCUCCCCCAUUUUCCACGGCUGUGUGAAUGAGCGCCUUGCUGACCGCACACCCUCCCCCACUUUUUCCACCGCCGAUUCCGACAUCACUGAGCUGGCUGACGAGCAGCAAGAUGAGAUGGAGGAUUUUGAUGAUGAGGCAUUCGUGGAUGACACCGGCUCUGACGCAGGGACGGAGGAGGGAUCAGAUCUCUUCAGUGAUGGGCAUGACCCGUUUUACGACCGAUCCCCUUGGUUCAUUUUAGUGGGAAGAGCAUUUGUGUACCUGAGCAAUCUGCUGUAUCCCGUGCCCCUCAUUCACAGAGUGGCCGUCGUCAGUGAGAAGGGGGAAGUGCGGGGAUUUCUGCGGGUGGCCGUGCAGGCCAUUGCAGCGGAUGAAGAAGCUCCUGAUUAUGGCUCUGGGAUUCGACAGUCAGGGACGGCUAAAAUAUCUUUUGAUAAUGAAUAUUUUAAUGAGAGCGACUUUUCUUCAGUUGCAAUGACUCGUUCCGGUCUGUCCUUGGAGGAGCUGAGGAUUGUGGAAGGACAGGGUCAAAGUUCCGAAGUCAUCACUCCUCCAGAAGAAAUCAAUCGAAUGAAUGACCUGGAUUUGAAGUCAAACACUUUGCUGGAUGGUAAGAUGGUAAUGGAAGGGUUUUCUGAAGAGAUUGGCAACCACCUGAAACUGGGCAGUGCCUUCACUUUCCGAGUCACAGUGCUACAGGCCAGUGGGAUCCUCCCAGAGUAUGCAGACAUCUUCUGUCAAUUCAACUUUUUGCAUCGCCAUGAUGAAGCAUUCUCCACCGAACCCCUCAAGAACAACGGCAGAGGAAGUCCCCUGGGCUUUUAUCACGUGCAGAAUAUUGCAGUGGAAGUCACUGAGUCAUUUGUGGACUAUAUCAAAACCAAGCCAAUUGUAUUUGAAGUCUUUGGCCAUUACCAGCAGCACCCACUUCAUCUGCAAGGACAGGAGCUAAGCAGUCCACCUCAGCCAUCGCGAAGGUUUUUCCCUCCUCCCAUGCCGCUCUCCAAACCAGUUCCAGCUACCAAGUUGAACACCAUGAGCAAAACCAGCCUUGGCCAGAGCAUGAGCAAGUAUGAUCUUCUGGUUUGGUUUGAGAUCAGUGAACUGGAGCCUACAGGAGAGUAUAUCCCCGCCGUUGUUGACCAUACAGCAGGCUUGCCUUGCCAAGGGACAUUUUUGCUACAUCAGGGUAUCCAGCGAAGGAUCACAGUGACCAUUAUCCACGAGAAAGGGAGCGAGCUUCACUGGAAAGAUGUCCGUGAAUUGGUGGUAGGCCGGAUUAGGAAUAAGCCUGAGGUAGAUGAAGCUGCAGUUGAUGCUAUCCUCUCCUUAAACAUCAUCUCUGCCAAGUCCCUGAAGUCCUCGCACAACUCCAGCAGGACCUUCUACCGUUUCGAGGCAGUAUGGGACAGCUCCCUGCAUAACUCUCUUCUUCUGAACCGAGUGACACCCUAUGGAGAGAAGAUCUACAUGACCUUGUCCGCCUACCUGGAGCUGGAUCAUUGCAUCCAACCUGCCGUCAUCACCAAGGAUGUAUGCAUGGUCUUCUAUUCCCGAGAUGCCAAGAUCUCACCACCGCGCUCUCUGCGCAGCCUCUUUGGCACUGGCUACUCGAAGUCACCAGAUUCUAAUCGGGUCACUGGAAUUUAUGAACUCAGCUUAUGCAAGAUGGCAGAUACAGGUAGUCCAGGCAUGCAGAGAAGGAGGCGAAAGGUCUUAGAUACUUCUGUGGCUUACGUGCGGGGAGAGGAGAACUUGGCAGGCUGGCGACCUCGUGGGGACAGCCUCAUCCUGGAACACCAGUGGGAGCUGGAGAAGCUGGAGCUGCUGCACGAGGUGGAAAAAACCCGCCACUUCCUGCUGCUGCGUGAGAGACUUGGUGACAGCAUCCCCAAGUCCCUGAGCGACUCACUGUCCCCUAGCCUCAGCAGCGGGACCCUCAGCACCUCCACCAGCAUCUCCUCCCAGAUCUCAACCACCACCUUCGAAAGUGCCGUCACCCCCAGCGAGAGCAGCGGCUACGACUCGGCAGACAUCGAAAGCCUGGUGGACCGAGAGAAGGAGCUGGCUACCAAGUGCCUGCAGCUUCUCACCCACACCUUCAACCGGGAGUUCAGCCAGGUGCACAGCAGCAUCAGCGACUGCAAGCUGUCUGAUGUCUCUCCGAUCGGACGGGAUCCCUCCGUGUCCAGUUUCAGCAGUGCUACCCUCACUCCAUCCUCCACCUGCCCCUCUCUGGUUGACUCUAGGAGCAACUCUAUGGACCAGAAGACCCCAGAAGCCAACUCCGGGCCCUCUAGCCCCUGUGCAGAACUGGAACAGUUUCAGAUUAUCCCAACUGUGGAGACGCCUUAUUUGGCCCGAGCAGGAAAAAAUGAGUUUCUCAAUCUCGUUCCAGAUAUUGAAGAGAUUAGAGCAGGCUCCGUGGUCUCUAAGAAAGGAUACCUGCAUUUCAAGGAGCCGCUGUCCAGCAACUGGGCUAAACAUUUCGUCGUGGUCCGUCGCCCCUAUGUCUUCAUCUACAACAGCGACAAGGACCCAGUGGAGCGUGGCAUCAUUAACCUGUCCACGGCACAAGUGGAGUACAGCGAGGACCAGCAGGCCAUGGUGAAGACACCUAACACCUUUGCCGUGUGUACCAAGCACCGUGGCGUGCUCCUGCAAGCUCUCAACGACAAAGACAUGAAUGACUGGCUCUAUGCCUUUAACCCACUCCUUGCUGGCACAAUACGGUCAAAACUUUCUCGAAGAUGCCCAAGCCAAGUGAAAUACUAAGCAACUCUACUGAGCCCUCUCUCGCCUUCAAGAGAUAAAGAAAGUGUUACCUCUCAUUUUCCUUGUGAUUCCUAAUGGUUACUCUUGUAUGUAAUCCUGUGGCUUAACUACUUCCCCCUCGUCGUUCAACACUU